GAGGCAGGGGGGAAAAAUUAAACGGGCCAGCCGAGUGUGUUGUUGAAGUGGAGAGUGAGUCCAGAGAAAAGCGUUUGUUUGACCAAAACGAAAGUGUUCCAAACUGAGGUGCGCGGUGGCACCCCCAAUGGCUCUGCUGGGGGAGGAUGGCCGCGGUUACGAAUUGGCACGGAAGCUCGACACGUGCGGCGUGUGGCGAACCUGGCUCGGCGACUCCACCUACGCCGGCUUCGCACCCUUCCUCACUUCCCCUUCCGCCUGGGAUUCCUUCAUCACCUCCUCCACUCACGUCCCUCUUCAACUCAGGGUCCGCGCGCUUCUCUUCGACAAAGCCACCGCUUCUCUCUCGCCAAACCCUAACCCUAACCCUAACUCUAAUCCUAACUCAUAUCUCCAACGCCUCAACCCUACCUACCUCCAAUUGCACGCCGACGACAUCUACUUCACCCUUGACACUCCCUCGCACGACUCCAAGAAUCAAUCUAAUAAAACGGCCUCUGCUUCCGGAUCCAGGUACGUUGAAUCUGAAUUGCCGGAAACGUGGUACAGUCAGGUGAUUGAUAAGUACAAGACUAGUAAGAAUAUAGUUUCCGGCGAAUCGCGUUCGCCGGCGGAGAUGGCUUCGUAUCUUAACUACGUUACUAACCAUAAGAAAAGGCGUCUGGCGUUUAAGGAGGAUGUGAAUUCGGUUGCAGAUCACGCGCUGCAGCCGAACGGUGGUGGCUUAGCUGUUACUGAUGAUGGUGAUUCCGCUGUUUUUCCCGAGAUAGCGUUCGCGUUGAACUGCGUGCCUGAUAGCGCGCUUCCGUUGAGUGAUAGAGUGGGAAAUAGCGGUAAGCAGAAGGUGAAGGUGUUUAGUGUCCUUGAUACUUUGCCUCCUAUUGCACCGACUAGGCAUUCCGUUAUGAUGGAGAGGCUUGGGGUUAGGCCUGAGCCUGGUAGUAUGGAGCACGGAGGAGGCGUGAGCCGUGGGAAAUUUGGAGCUGACGGGAAUGGGAAGGUUGUGGGGCCCCAGCAGGCGACGAAAUUGGCUCAAAAGGCGGUGGCGCGGAUCUUGUUGGGCGUGGGGUUUGAAGGUGCCAUGGAAGGUUCGGUUGAGGACUUCUCUGAAGUACUGAGUGAACGGAUUGUUAAAAUAGGAACGAAUUUGAAAGUGCUUGCUGAUAGUUAUAAGAAACAAUGCUCGGCCAUUGAGCUUCUGAAGAUGUUGCUUAAAACAGUGGGUUUUAGUAAUUUUGCACCAUUAGUGGAUGUGGUUAAAGAUGGCUCUAAGAAUAAUGUACAACAGAAUCAGCAACAAGUUCAUGGAAUGCAGCCGCAGCUGCAGCAACAACAGCAGAGUUCCCUUCGGCUACCUCAACAAGUUCAAAUGCAGAGGCAGAUGCAUCCACAGAUGCAGCAGAUGCUUCAUUCCCAAAGUAUGGCUUUUCAUCAGCAACAGCAAAUAGAGAGAAUGAGAAGGCGUGCUGUAGCUACUCGCCCAUCUAUGGAUAUAGAUAAGGAAAGACCGCUGGUUCAAGUCAAGAUUGAAAACCAAGAUCUACCAAUUGAUGGUAAUGCCUUCACUUCUAGACAUCCCCAAAUGCAGUUUAGGCCGCAACAGCCUCAGCAGCAGCAGCAGCAGCAGAUGGCUGCAAUGUCAAAUUUCCAUUCUCAAUCUGGCGCACAGUUUAGACAGAUGGGUUCCUUACAGAUUCCUUCAAUGCAGUCGCCGAACAUUAGCAUGGUUAGAGCCCCUCCUGUGAAAGUGGAGGGCUUCUCGGAAUUGAUGGGUGGGGAUUCUACAUCGAAACAUGAUCUAGACGAAAAUAGACUCACCUCUCCCAAUGGUAAAUAGUCUUUCAGUCAACGGCUGUGUGCAUCCCCGGAGUUCCUAUGAAUUUGGCAUUGCCUUCAUUGUAAUAGAACUUUUUCUUUGUAUAGUAGCUCACGUAGUUCAUCCCAGCACUGCCAUCAAUCACCAUGCAUUGAUCAAAUAUAUUUUAUGAAACUUGGCUCUCGGGUGUGCUGAAUUUUGCUAGGGAUGUUUUGUAUACAUCUGCUUUAAUGUUUGUGAUUAUUUAUUUGAUUGCAACAUAAAUUGCGAGAAAUUUUUUUCUGCCUUUCA